UGGUAGCCUACCGUUGGGGAGUCACGAGAAGUUUAACGUUAGCGAAGCUCCACGAAUAUGACCCAGAGGUGAGUGGAGAUGACACAGACGAAGCUAAUGAAAACGACUCCACCGGGUCUCUGAUAAGAAGUGGACGCUUACGUGUGUGUGAGGUUGUGGGCUCCUACUUUGUCAGCCCACCUGCUCUCGGGGUGGCUCGUCUUGUAGAGGAGCCGCUGUGGCAGCUAGCGAAGAUCGUUAGCCGCUAACUACCGCAGCUAGCGGGCUAACUACUAACAUUAGCCUCUUGCGAGAGUGAAGUGAACUAGUCGCGCCGUGUGAUGCUAACGACGCCGAGGCUACUUUUGGAGGCUUGCUGAGUUGGAUAUAUUCCCGGGAGGGACUCGUUGCCACCGGAGCUGGUGUUGUCAACGCCGGUGCCAGCUACCUUGUUGUGCUUCUCCCCUGCCCUCUUGUCAUUGUUGGCGGAGCGUCCUGUGACUGCACACCUCUGCUCCCAGUCCAUGCAUGCUAGCAGCCGCUGCAGCCAGCUAGUGUUGUCACAUUAGCUAACGAACCGAUCACAGUUUUUGACCAUUUGUGAGUGGAUGCCAUCACUGGUACGAGCUGUGGGAGACAGACGGAGUCGUAUCAUCCCACCGUGACGCCUGUAUAUGAACUAACUGUACUUUGAUGUCGUAUCACCCGACAGCUAGUAGUCCCUCCAGAAGAACCAGGCGCGGAGCAUGCAGGAGAAGAAAAGACUUCAGAUAAGUAGAUAGGGGACGUCGGACACAACCGAGUUAAAUUGGACUGUGUGGUUAAUUUACCACCGAACAGGGAUUGCAUUUGGUGGCCGGACUGACAGAGAAAGUAAAGGAUGAAGAAGUUUUCCAGAAUGCCAAAGUCCGAGAGCGGCGGGCUCGGAGGGGCGUCCGGGUCCGGCUCCAGCUCCGGAGUCAGCAGCUACUUCGGGAAAGUGUUUGCAGUCGGCCGGUAUCAAGUCACCGUGGAAGAGCUUGUUGCAGAGGGAGGCUUCUCAGUGGUAUUUCUGGCUCGAACACACAGUGGCGUCCGCUGUGCUCUUAAAAGGAUGUACGUCAACAACGUCCCGGACCUAAAUGUCUACAAAAGAGAGAUCACUAUCAUGAAAGAGCUGUCGGGCCAUAAGAACAUUGUCGGCUACCUGGACUCCACAAUCAAUGCAGUGUCGGACAGUGUGUGGGAGGUCCUGAUCCUCAUGGAGUACUGUAAAGCGGGUCAGGUUGUGAAGCAGAUGAACCAGCGGUUGAAUGUGGGCUUCACUGAGGCUGAGGUCCUCCACAUUUUCUGUGAUGCCUGUGAGGCUGUGGCUCGCCUGCACCAAUGCAAGACACCCAUCAUCCACAGAGACCUCAAGGUUGAAAACAUCCUGCUAAACGACCAGGGAAAUUAUGUGCUGUGUGACUUCGGCAGUGCCACUCACAAGGUUUUGCUGCCACAAAAAGACGGCGUGACUGCUGUGGAGGACGAGAUUAAGAAGUACACGACCCUUUCAUAUCGCUCGCCGGAGAUGAUUAACUUGUAUGCAGGGAAAGCCAUCACCACUAAGGCUGAUAUAUGGGCACUUGGAUGCUUGUUGUACAAGCUGUGUUUCUUCGCACUUCCAUUUGGGGAGAGUCAAGUUGCCAUAUGUGACGGAACCUUUAUUGUUCCAGAUAACUCAAAAUUCUCCUUCAAGUUGCACUGUUUAAUCAGAUAUAUGCUCGAACCAGACCAGGAGAAGAGACCAGACAUUUACCAAGUGUCCUACUUUGCCUUCAAAUUAGCUGGAAAAGACUGUCCAGUGCCAAAUCUCUUUAACUCUCCCAUCCCUACGUCGCUCCCAGAACCUCUAACAGCUAGUGAGGUUGCUGCUAAGAAAAGCAUGACAAAAGCCAGGAUAACAGACUCUGUGGGCCCAACGGAAACAUCAAUAGCUCCCAGACAGAGGCCAAAAGCGGCAAACAGUAACGUCUUGCCUCUCGCCAACACUGUCACCCCUGUCAAGAUGACCGUGCCUUCAGCACCCGUCAGCAACGGCCAGAAAGCUCCCACUCCUGGCUUAGGGCAGCCAUCCGUGCAGGCCCAACCCAGCAGUCAGCAGCACCGAGUCCUGCAGCAACUACAGCCUGGUGACCUGCGUCUGCAGCAACUACAACAACAACAACAACAACAACAACAACAACAACAUCAUCACCACCAACAAGCAGUGCAGCAACAACAUAUAAAUGCACAGCAACUCCAAUACCUCCAGUACCAACAGGCUGUGCAGCAGUCCAUCCAGCUCCAGCAGCAGCAGCAGCAGCAGCAGCAGGCCCUCCUCCAGCAGCAGCAGCAGAUGAUGAUGCAGCCGAUGUACCAGCAGCAGGUUGCCCAGGCCCGGGCUCAGGCUCAGGCUCAGGCUCAGUACCAGUACGCAGCCAUGCUGCACCAGUACCAACAGGCUUUUGUCCAGCAGCAGCAACAACAGCAGCAGCAGCAGCAUCAUCCCGCUCAGCAGCCUCUCCCCUAUAUGUCCUCCCCUCUUGAGUUCCAGAUCCCGCUUGGUUCCUAUAAUGCGACCACGCCCACUGCUGGAACUGUAGCUGGAACUGGCCAAAUGGGGGGACCGUCACCUGUUGAUUCCUCAUACACUAACCCUAGUAGAAACUCUCUGCUUACUUCAGAUGGGAUUACGCCACCCUCUCAGAGCUGCAACAGUACAGUCAGUAACCCCCCCGAUAUGUCCGGUUGGAACCCUUUCGGAGAGGACAACUUCUCCAAGUUGACAGAGGAGGAGCUGCUCGAUCGGGAGUUUGACAUGCUCAGAGCAAAUAAACCAGUGGAGAGAACAGCCAGUGUGGAAACGGACCAACCGCAGCCUGCUGCCUCCACUGCCAAGCCCCUCCCACCACAGGACCUGUUCGGCUCAGUCCCGUUUGUGGCCAGCGCAGGCACCGAUGUGAUAAAGACUGAGCAGACCAACGACGAAGUCAGCAUUCCUACCCCCGUCUCAACCACUGCACAAGAUCUGCAGCCGGCGACGGUCAAGGAGCACAAACCAGGCAAAAAGAGUAACUGCAGACCAGGCGAAGAAUCCGACAGCGACUUCGAGUCUGACCCUCCUUCACCAAAAAGCAGCGAGGAAGAAGAGCCGGAGGAGGAAGAGGGCCUGAACAGCGAGCACGGUGAAGACACUGAGCCAGAGAAUUUAGGACAGAGGCCUCUGCUGAUGGACUCUGAAGAAGAGGGAGAGGAGGAUGAAGACAAGCACAGCUCUGACUCGGACUACGAUCCCAGCAGGGUCAAGAGCCGCUCAAAGAAGGCUCCGGCAGGUAAAGCAGCUUUGGCCGCCACCAGAAAGAGUCCUCGGGAGGAUUCUGGCAUGACUCUGAUCACCCCUCCUGAGUCGCCCAGUGGAGCGAGAGCUGCCCCAGGUGUGGAUCCUGUGGAUGUUUUCGGUGCUGUUCCUUUCCUCAAAGGAGCCUCACCUGUCGGGCCUCCAGAAAGCUCAGACAUCUUUGCCAAAGCGCCAUUCAGGCAAGUUAGCCUUGAGCAGAAAGCUGGGGACGAGUUUGAUGUUUUUACCAAAGCGCCAUUCAAUCGGAACCUCUCCAAGUCAGGCAAGAGUGGCAGUGAUGUUCCCAUGGGGCAAACACCGCCCAUUUCCCCCGAGGGCAUUGAUAUCUUCGGCUUCUCUCCCUUCCAGCCGGGCCCCACCGAUCCGCCUCCCACCACCUCUAGAAGUGCAGAAGAUAUCUUCCACACGUCCUUUGAGGAGUCAGCCAGCCCUCAGCAACAGCGGCUGAAGCAGCGCAGCCUCCAGAAGCUGUCAUCACGCCAGAGAAAAACCAAGCAGGAGUCCACAGCAGGCGGCAGCAACGGCAAACGCCACCACGGUACGCCAACUGGAGGCCGCAAGACCAACAAGCCAACUUACCGCACACCAGAGCGAGUUCGCAGACACAAGAAGGUUGGCCGGAGAGACUCACAGAGCAGCAAUGAGUUCCUUAGCACCUCUGACUCUAAAGAGAACAUCAGUGUUGAUAUAACCAUGGCUGAAGGGAAAGAAAAAGGAGCUUCUCUGCCGGUAGAUGAGGCCCUUUUAGACCCAUUUGGAGCCAAACCUUUCCAUCCUCAGGACGGCAGCCGACACGGCCAGUAUCAAGGACUCACUGAUAGCAAGAGUGACAUGGGCACAGCCAAUGGCAAGUCCUGGACUGGUUCUCUUCACGGUGCUCUCGGAGAAAGCAAAAUCAUGGAUGAUUUUGGGGCGGUGCCCUUCACAGAAAUGGUCCACGGUGGACCGCAGCAGCAGCAGCAGCAGCAGCAGCAGCAGCAGCCGCCACCGCCCUCGCAGCUGGUGGAGCUCGACCCUUUUGGACCUCGGAACCGUUUGGAGCUAGACCCGUUCGGAGCUGCACCUUUUCCCUCGAAGCAGUGACUUCUCCUACUCUGCCAGUUGCUGUUAAAUAACCCCUAAGCUUUUUUCGUUUUUGUUGCUUGGGAACAACCAAUCAUAAACCAAGAAGCUAACAAUGCCCUAACACUUCUUUUUUUAAAGAACAUUUUAAUACAUCUCUCAGUUUCGAUAACAAAAAUCCCGAAUCCUGUGGAGUUUGUGAUGUUUCCACAUAUCUUUCAGCUGUACCUGUUUGCUGAGAAGCCUUUAAUGCUGCAUCCUUAACGCUUGUAAAGACGUUUGAACCGGGAGAAAUGGAAAACCCACUCGAAGUUGUACUGUGAUUUUAAGCUUAAUGUUUGACUGCUUGACUCUCUGCAAAAAGCUCUAUGGCCUGCCUUCUGAUCUACCAAUGUGUUUUUUUUUUAGCACCACAAAGCCUUACUUGAGCUGGGCUCUGCCUUGCUGCACAGUACCUCGGAAAAACCACAGCACAACCGGCCUGCGUCGCCUUUCAUGUCGGUGGAAUCGAUUGGGAGUCGACCUUAACCACUUCGUUUUGUCCUUACUAGACCUCCCUCUAUGCAUAAUUUCACAGUAGUCUUUACGCAGCCAGAUGUGGCUGUUUUUUGUGUUGCAUUACACUUCGAAUACUAGAAGGGAUCUCAUUUUAUUGUACUUCCAUAAAAAGUUGGAUCUGUUAAUUUGGUCAGGUUUAAACUUAGGCUCUUAACUGUUUUCUUUUUUUCUAGCUGUAAGCUUCUAUGUAAGUACUGUUAACUUUCUUUUUUAUUGAGUUACAACUCAACACAUUCUGUUAGAAACAAAUAAAACACAAGACACAACACAAGGUUUACUAGGUUUACGUUUUAAGAACUUCGACCCUUACAGAAACUGGCAGGCUGUACCACUAUUUUCUCAGCAAUGUACAUGCUCCUAACAUUAGAUGUCAUAAUGUUUUCAGAAUAAUUUGUGCUUGAAAAUAUUUCAUUGCACCAUUGUUAAAGGAUGAGGCUGGUGGUGGUCCAUAUAUUUUGUUAUUGUCAACAAAUUCCAUAAAAUGACCAAACACAACAGUGUGUUAGUCCAUCUCAAUACUUAUAAACAAAUUUCAAUAACUUAGAAAUAGUUUUGAUGAAUCAUGUUUACUGAACUAUGCUUAUUUCAGAAAAAGAAAAAGAAGUUAUUUUACCCGCCCAAGAAAUAGUCUACUGUAAUGGAUUUUGUUACCCUUGUCAGAGACAGGCUAGCAGUUUCCCCCUACUUUCAGUCUUUAUGCUAAGCUAAGCAGCUUCAUAGUGAAAAGAUAGACGUGAGACACGAAUGGUUCUUUUGGAUUCACACACAAAAUACUAGUCACAGAAUUGGUUUGUUAUUGGUUUUGGUCUUUUCAUGUGAUUUGCUGACAACAACAAUAUGGGAUACCAUCAGGUAUUCUUUGACACAGAUCUUUCCACUGCAGAAUGUGAAUUGGCGUAUUCAUAAAGGGAAGAAACAUUGAAGAGUCUGUCAUACAAAUUCAGGUCAUUUGUCUUCAGGAGUGCAGUUUUCAGUGCCGAAUUCUUCCAUGAACUUUUCCGUUGUGCUCUACAUUGGCGGCCUUAAGCACUGCAUAUACCUACACACCCAUUGGCACAUUUGUUUGAACCUGCAGGUUGCUGUGUUUUCACCAGUGGAACCAUUUGAUCCAACUAUUUUCCACCCCUACCACCACCACAAGGGUAAAUCUUAUAUUGUAUUUAUCAUGCUAUACUGCUGUUUGAUGCAAUAAAAAAAAAAAGAGUCAUCUCA